UUAAGACUUGUAAAGUGUAGCGGCACCGACUUCAUACCUAAUGGGACCACGUGGCUGUGCGCAAGCGCGAGAAGUCAGGGAAUGGGACAUUCGGCCAUGUACUUAUGUAUUAAGAUGGGCUAGAAGUUUUCUUUUUAUCGACGGGACUAGUAGGAACUUCGUCUUGUCUCCCGACCCGGAUCUACCUGCUUGCCCUUUUAGGGCUUAUACGGAAAUUCCUUUAUCGAGACUGGCCCUCACUCCUCCUAGACCCUCAUUCUCCUCCCCCACGUUCGCAGACGGGUAAUAUAGUGGCCAGAGAUACAUUCAAACAGCUCCAGUCCCCAGCAGGGCAACGAGCAGCGAAGUGGAAGGUCGAGAGAGCACAACUUCUUCAUCUUUUCUUCUCUCCUUCCUCGUAGAGAAAGCGGGACUUCAGGCUCCGCCCCUCUCCCAGCGUCCCCUUCACUGCGCAUGUCACAUUACGUACUGUCCUCCCCUCCCCCUCCCAGCAACCGGCUAAGCGGCUGCGGUGACUGAGGCGGUGCCUGUGAUUGAAGGCGGAGAACGACGAGAACCCACCAGGACGGGGAAACGGAGACCGAGCGCACGUAAUCCGGAGCAGCGGGACUCGUCUGUGGCAUCGGCGGCUCGGUAAAUCAUCUGCACCAUGAAUUGGAACAAAGGUGGCCCUGGCACCAAGAGGGGAUUUGGGUUUGGUGGAUUUGCCAUCGCUGCUGGAAAAAAGGAAGAACCGAAGCUCCCACAACAGUCCCACAGUGCCUUUGGGGCAACCAGCUCUUCAGCAGGGUUUGGAAAGUCAGCUCCACCACAGCUCCCUUCUUUCUAUAAAAUUGGAUCUAAGCGAGCAAAUUUUGAUGAAGAAAACGCUUAUUUUGAAGAUGAGGAAGAAGACUCUAGCAAUGUCGAUUUGCCUUACAUUCCUGCUGAAAAUUCACCUACCCGCCAGCAAUUCCAUUCCAAGUCAGCAGACUCUGACAGUGAUGAUGAUCCCCUGGAAGCAUUCAUGGCUGAAGUAGAGGAUCAAGCAGCUCGAGACAUGAAGAGACUUGAAGAAAAGGACAAGGAAAGAAAAAAUGUGAAGGGUAUUCGAGAUGACAUUGAAGAGGAAGAUGACCAAGAAGCUUAUUUUCGAUACAUGGCAGAAAACCCUACUGCUGGUAUGGUUCAGGAAGAGGAAGAAGAUAACCUGGAGUAUGACAGUGAUGGAAAUCCCAUUGCACCCUCCAAAAAAGUCAUUGAUCCCCUUCCUCCCAUUGAUCAUUCAGAGAUUGACUAUCCACCAUUUGAGAAAAAUUUCUACAAUGAGCAUGAAGAGAUAACCAGCCUCACUCCACAGCAGGUGAUAGAUCUCCGACAUAAGCUCAAUCUUCGGGUCUCUGGUGCUGCUCCACCCAGACCAGGAAGUAGUUUUGCUCACUUUGGAUUUGAUGAGCAACUUAUGCAUCAGAUUCGGAAAUCUGAGUACACACAGCCUACUCCCAUUCAGUGUCAGGGUGUUCCAGUGGCGCUCAGUGGGAGAGACAUGAUUGGCAUUGCCAAAACAGGCAGUGGUAAAACUGCAGCCUUUAUCUGGCCCAUGCUGAUUCACAUCAUGGAUCAGAAGGAAUUGGAUCCAGGGGAUGGGCCCAUCGCAGUGAUUGUGUGCCCUACCAGGGAGCUGUGUCAGCAGAUCCAUGCAGAAUGCAAGCGGUUUGGGAAAGCGUACAACCUUCGAUCUGUGGCCGUGUAUGGAGGUGGUAGCAUGUGGGAGCAGGCCAAAGCCCUUCAAGAAGGGGCUGAGAUUGUUGUCUGUACCCCAGGUCGGCUAAUUGAUCACGUGAAGAAGAAAGCUACAAAUCUCCAAAGAGUCUCUUACCUUGUGUUUGAUGAAGCUGAUCGAAUGUUCGACAUGGGUUUUGAGUAUCAGGUGCGAUCCAUAGCCAGUCAUGUCCGUCCUGAUAGACAGACUCUUUUAUUUAGUGCAACUUUCCGGAAAAAGAUUGAAAAACUGGCCCGAGACAUCCUGAUUGACCCUAUCCGAGUGGUGCAGGGCGACAUUGGAGAGGCAAAUGAAGAUGUAACCCAGAUUGUAGAAAUUCUUCACUCUGGACCCAGUAAAUGGAACUGGCUCACUCGGCGUCUGGUAGAAUUCACUUCUUCAGGAAGUGUCCUCUUGUUUGUAACUAAGAAAGCCAAUGCUGAUGAACUAGCUAACAACCUCAGGCAGGAAGGACACAAUCUGGGGCUGCUCCAUGGGGAUAUGGAUCAGAGUGAAAGGAACAAGGUCAUUUCUGAUUUUAAGAAAAAGGGCAUUCCAGUUCUUGUGGCUACAGAUGUUGCAGCCCGUGGUUUGGACAUUCCUUCAAUUAAGACUGUUAUCAACUAUGACGUGGCUCGAGACAUCGACACCCAUACACACAGAAUAGGUCGGACCGGUCGAGCAGGCGAAAAGGGUGUGGCUUAUACACUCUUGACUCCCAAGGACAGCAAUUUUGCUGGUGACCUUGUCAGGAACAUGGAAGGGGCCAAUCAACACGUUACUAAGGAGCUUCUGGAUCUAGCAAUGCAGAAUGCCUGGUUUCGGAAAUCUCGAUUCAAAGGCGGGAAAGGAAAAAAGCUGAACAUUGGUGGUGGAGGCCUCGGCUACAGGGAACGACCUGGUCUGGGCUCCGAGAACACAGACCGAGGAAACAACAGCAACGUGAUGAGUAACUAUGAAGCCUACAAGCCCUCCACAGGGGCCAUGGGAGACCGCCUGACUGCAAUGAAAGCAGCGUUCCAGUCGCAGUACAAGAGCCAUUUUGUUGCCGCCAGUUUAAGCAACCAGAAGGCUGGGAGCUCUGCUGCUGGGGCAAGUGGCUGGACCAGUGCAGGGAGCUUGAAUUCCGUCCCGAGUAAUUCAGCCCAACAGGGCCAUGCCAAUUCUGACAGCUCUAUUGCCACAGCCGCCAAGAGCAUCCCGGGCUUUGCCAGCGCUGGGAACCUUAGCAGUGUUCCAGGAGGGUACUCACCUACUGGAACCCAGGGUCUCAACAACACAGCCUCUGGGAGCAACAGCCGAGAAGGAAUUGGUGGUGGUGGUGGUAAUGGGAAUAGAGAGCGCUACCCAGAGAACCGAGGUAGUAGUCGCCAUAGCCACGGAGACAGUGGCAAUCGCCACGGUGAUGGUCCACGUCAUGGAGAUAGUCGUCAUGGUGAUGGAUACCGCCAUCCAGAAAGCAGUGGCCGGCAUGGAGAUGGUCACCGGCAUGGAGAGAACAGACAUGGGAGUGGUGGUCGACAUGGGGAAAGCCGGGUUGGGAGUGAUGGUCGGAAUGGAGAGAGCAGGAAAGAGGCUUGUGGCCGUGAGAGCAAGACAGAUGGCAGGACAGACAACAGGAUGGACAGCAGGAUGGACAACAGGAUGGACAGCAAGACAGACUUGAAGACAGACAAGACAGCAGAUGGCUUUGCUGUGCCUGAGCCACCCAAACGCAAGAAAAGCCGAUGGGACAGUUAGAGGGUGUGUGCAAAAGCAUGAAACGGAAUGGGUGGAGUGUAUUUUUUUUUUUUAAGGAUUUCUUCAUAAAUGGCUGUGUCCUGGGGGAUAAGUUCGGGCCCAUAAAUCUGAGCUGUAAAGAUCCUCGGCUCCUAAAGGACAUCAGUAGCCAAGGCCUAGAAAUAAGACUCCUUCUUUAGAAUCAUUUUUCUUAAGCUUCCUUUGAAGCUGCUUUGGUCCUCAUUGUGUGUUGAACCCUCAUGUUUCAGCAGGGCUCUAGCAGCAGGGAGAGCUAGAGCUCUGGCUAGGUUGGAGCUUCUGGUAUGUUCUGAGAGAUUUAAGAGCGGUUAGGCAGCCAUAAAUCUGUUCCUGAAAUCCUGUUUAGGUGUUGAGGGGCCAGUUCAGGUUGUCCUGAAAGCUAACUGUGGAGUACAGGUCAGUGCUCUGUAGUUUUUUUUUUUCCCCAUCUCUUUUCUGGUGGCCAGGUAAGGGUUAAGUGUUGAGGUGGGCAGGCUCUCUGCACUCUGAGUUUUGGAUUCCACAAAUGGCACCAGGCAGGUACAACCUUGUUAAGUUUCUGCUGUGUGGUGCAGGUGCACCAGGUCAUUUGAGAAAACUUUCAGAUAUAUAUGGGAGAGAGCAGGAAGCUGCCCCUGACAAGCUGUGCCCAGAGCUACUGUGAUUAGGAAGCAUUCUGGAAAUUGUUCCCUAGGCCUAAGAUGUUUCUUAAUUAAAAAUAAACCUCAACAAUUUAAAAAAUCCGAUUUCAUUGUAUAUUACCUUUUUUUUUUUUUACUUUUGCCACAAUAAGUUUUUGCUCAAAUGAUUUGUUUUCACCUUGUUUAUAAAAGUAUCCAGAACUACCAGAUUUUGUGACACUUGUGAAGGUUUCUUUCAGAUGUGCAUUCCUUUUUGCUUGCUCUAGUAAAUGUUUUAUUACUGAGA